AUGACCUCAACACAAAUUCGGGGUCAAGAUUUUGCAGUAGGAAAUCGUUUUAUUAAUCUAAAAUAUCUCGCGUCGGGUGCCUAUGGAAUGGUUAUAUCAGCAGUUGACACUCAAACAUUGACCAAUGUUGCAAUCAAGAAGAUUUCCCCAUUUCUUUCUUUAACGACUUGCCAACGAACUCUACGUGAAAUUCGAAUUCUUCAAAGACUGAAACAUGAAAAUAUUAUAAAUAUUAUUGAAAUACUCAAACCGGCAACAGUAGACCAAAUGAAAGAUAUAUAUUUAAUUGAAACUCUAAUGGACACUGAUCUCUCCCAACUCAUAACUCAUCAAAACGGAUCAAAAAUUCUCUCCGAUGAACAUAUUGUAUAUUUCAUGUAUCAACUACUACGAGGUGUCAAAUAUAUUCAUAGUGCUAACGUUUUACAUCGUGAUUUGAAACCAAGUAAUUUACUACUGAAUCGAUCAUGUGAUCUGAAAAUCUGUGAUUUUGGUUUGGCUCGCACGGUCGAUACAGACGCUCGAGAUGAUGGACUUUUAACUGAAUACGUGGCGACGAGAUGGUAUCGUGCGCCGGAAAUAAUGGUCAGCCAACGGUGUUACCACAAAGCAAUUGAUAUCUGGUCUUGUGGAUGUAUUUUGGGUGAAAUGUUACUUGGAAAGCCGUUAUUUCCUGGUCGGCAUUAUGUUGAUCAAUUAAAUCAUAUUUUUUCCAUAAUUGGUUCACCGACAAAAGACGAUCUCGCAUCCAUACGUGAUCCUAGAGCGUGUUCUUACAUUAGUCGAAUGCCGAUCAAACCUAAAGCUAAUUUCAACGAAAUCUUCUCACGUGGAAGUUCCCUUGCUUUUGACCUUCUUGAUAAACUAUUAACAUUCAAUCCAGCAAUACGAUAUACAACGGAACAAGCGUUAAACCAUCCUUAUUUAAGUCAAUAUUCAGACCCUGAAGAUGAACCCAUUUGUUCUAUCCCAUUUUCAUUAUCUGAUGAUAUGACAUAAAUGACUUUGUACGAAAUUCUUGGUGUUUCAUCGAAUUGUUCAACUGAACAUCUUCGACAACAGUACCAUCGUUUGUUACUUGAAUAUCAUCCAGAUAAAAGACAAAGCAAUGAUCAAUUUAGUCAAAAUCGAUUCGAACAAAUUCAGAAUGCUUAUGGAAUACUUUCAAAUCAAGAACUACGAAUAAAAUAUGAUCAAGAACAAGAACGGCAACAUUUACACACACUUGCACAUACAAAUAUUGAUUUGACCGACUUCACUGAUGAUAACGAAUACGUUUGUCGAUGCGGAACGAUUUUAGAACUUGAUCUAGAGACGAAUUUUGAUGUUAUUGAAUGUCCAAAUUGUUCAAUGAAAAUCGAAUUGAAAAAUAAAUAA